GGGAAAGUGACCGCUCGUGUCAGUUGGGGAAGUCGGGGUGGUUUGGUGCCCAGGGAACGGCUGUAACUUCUACGUGACCAUGGUACCUGUUGAAAACACAGAGGGCCCCAGUCUGCUGAAACCGAAGGGGCGAGCGGCGGAGACUGAUGGCAGCGACCGAGCCAGCGGCGGCCCGCAUCCUCCCUGGGCGCGAGGUUGUGGCAUGUAUACUCUCCUGUCGUCUGUCACAGCUGCUGUCAGCGGCUUCCUGGUGGGGUAUGAACUUGGGAUCAUCUCUGGGGCUCUUCUGCAAAUAAGAACCUUGUUAGUCCUGACCUGCCAUGAGCAGGAAAUGGUGGUGAGCUCCCUGCUUAUCGGGGCCCUCCUGGCCUCUCUAAUUGGAGGGGUCCUGAUUGACAGGUACGGGAGAAGGGCCACCAUCAUUUUGUCCUCCUGCCUUCUUGGACUUGGGAGCCUGGUCUUGAUUAUCAGUUUAUCUUACACCACUCUUAUAGGGGGGCGCAUUGCUAUUGGAGUUUUCAUCUCACUCUCCUCCACCGCCACUUGUGUCUACAUCGCAGAAAUUGCUCCCCAACACAGAAGAGGCCUUCUCGUGUCGCUGAACGAGCUGAUGAUUGUCAUCGGCAUUCUUUUUGCCUACAUUUCAAAUUAUGCAUUUGCCAACAUUUCCCAUGGCUGGAAAUACAUGUUCGGCCUUGUUAUUCCCUUGGGAGUUUUGCAAGCCAUUGCAAUGUACUUUCUUCCUCCAAGUCCUCGAUUUCUGGUGAUGAAGGGACAUGAAGAAGCUGCUAGUAAGGUUCUUGGAAAGCUGAGAGCUAUCUCAGAUACAACCGAUGAACUCACUGUGAUAAAGUCUUCCCUGAAAGAUGAAUAUCAGUACAGUUUUUGGGAUCUGUUUCGUUCAAAAGACAACAUGAGGACCCGAAUCAUGAUAGGCUUAACACUGGUAUUUUUUGUACAGAUCACUGGCCAGCCAAACAUAUUAUUCUAUGCAUCUACUGUUUUGAAGUCCGUUGGCUUCCAAAGCAAUGAGGCAGCUAGCCUCGCCUCCACGGGAGUUGGGGUCGUCAAGGUCAUCAGCACCGUCCCAGCCACACUUCUCGUAGACCAGGUUGGGAGCAAAACCUUCCUGUGUAUCGGUUCCUCUGUGAUGGCAGCUUCGUUGAUGACCAUGGGCAUCGUGAAUCUCAACAUCCACAUGAACUUCACCAGUAUCUGCAGAAACCAUAGUCCUAUCAACCAGUCCUUGGAUGAGUCUGUGUUUCAUGGACCAGGUAACUUAUCAGCCAGCAAUGACACUCUUAGAGAAUCCUUUAAAGGGAUGACUUUCCACAGCAGAAGCUCACCGAGGCCCACGAGAAAUGACAUAGAUGGGAGAGGAGAAACGACCCUGGCAUCCUUACCAAAUGCUGGACUAAGCCAAACUGAGUACCAGAUCGUCACAGACUCUGCAGAUGUCCCCACUUUUUUGAAAUGGCUUUCUUUAGCCAGCUUGCUUGUUUACGUUGCUGCCUUUUCAAUUGGUCUAGGACCAAUGCCCUGGUUGGUGCUGAGCGAGAUUUUUCCUGGUGGAAUUCGAGGACGUGCCAUGGCUCUAACUUCCAGCAUGAACUGGGGCAUCAAUCUCCUCAUCUCUCUGACAUUUUUGACGGUGACAGAUCUCAUUGGCUUGCCGUGGGUGUGCUUUAUAUAUACAGUUAUGAGUCUAGCAUCCCUGGUUUUUGUUAUUGUGUUUAUACCUGAAACAAAGGGAUGCUCUUUGGAACAAAUAUCAAUGGAGCUGGCAAAAGAGAACUAUGUGAAAAACAACAUUUGCUUUAUGAGUCACCACCGGGAGGAAUUAGUGCCAAAACAGCUUCAAAAAAGAAAACCCCAAGAGCAGUUCUUGGAGUCUAAAAAUCUACGGGGUAAGGGACAGCCAGGGCAGCUUUCUUCAGAGAUCUAAUGGCCUCAAAACCCUUCAAGUGUUGAUACAGAAAGAGAAUACUUCUGGUGUCUAUCAAUAUGUGUUAGCCACUCCUGCGUUUUCUUUUCAGUGUCAUGGAGCUAGUUUAAAAAGGAUAUCCUGAAAUUACACAGUCUUUACUCAUUACCCCACCCCCUAAAGGAGCCAUGAAAGGUAUUUGAGGAACAAGGUCCCAAGUGGUCUCUUUCUUACUCUGAGCAGGAUACCAGGAUAAAAAUAAUACCAGCUGGUUCAGUAUUUUCCAACUUCUUCACAGAGUAGCCUUUGAAAGACGAUGAACCAGUGAUGAGAACUACUUUUAUCUUAAGGUUUAUUAUGCACAGAGGCCUGUUGUGGCUUUAUUAUUCAGACACAUCAGUUGUCCGAACUUAAGCUUACAGUUCUUUGCCUACCAAGACA